UGACUUAAUGCAGUUGUUAUUUUGAAACAACCAAUAUGGCUGCGCCCACAAAACACAUAAAAAAGUGACACAGUACCAAAAUGGAUGAUUCAAGUGUAUUUGAAACUGAAUUAAAUUUUUGCCCAGAUUGUGGAACAAUCCUGCCAUUGCCUGGAACAGAAGAAUUUGUUGCAUGUCUAAAAUGUGGAUACAAGCUUGAUUUAACAAAAUUCCAUGGUGUAUCUGUUGAAUAUAAUUUAACAUAUAAUAAUAUGGAAGAAAUUCUGACUAAUAUGGGGAAAGAUAUGGAAGGUGUAUCAUCAGGACCAAUGGCUGAUCGAACAUGUUCUAAAUGUGGAAAUGAAGGAAUGACAUAUACAACACGUCAGACGCGCGGUGCAGAUGAAGGUCAAACAGUUUUUUAUGGUUGUCCAGAAUGCAAACACCAAGAAAUAGAAUAUUCCUGAUUUAGACUUAAUAACCCAUAAUGCUAGUGGCAAGGUUUUGUGGGAAAAUACUUUGCACUCAAGUAGUUUUAUAGCAUAAUAGUCUACAUGGUUGUAACUAUUAUAAAGAUCUAUGUUACAUAAUAUUUACUUAUUGUUAAUAAACUUAUAUAUUUACAUA